AACAAUUAGGCCAUCACAAUUGUUUAAACUGUUAUUCCUGCUCUACUGAACAAAUAAAUAAAUGCAGCAGAAUUGGCUUUCUCGUGCCACAUCACAAGUUCUCGUGGAGUCAGUACAGGACAGCGACAAUUGUCGACGCUCGGAAAGAUUGUUCUGAAGGCCCACGUUCUGAUUCGAAAGCAGGAGCAAGAACUGAGUUCGAGUGUGUGUCUCUCAAGCCCACACGAGAAGGAAUAUGUGGGCACCCCCGCUUGCCGAUAAGAGUCUGAGGUUAUGAACACAUAAUUCUUCAAUUUCGGGAAUGGCCGCCGUGCGGUUGUGCAACUCCCUGCUUCCAUCGCUGUCUGUGGUUCGUAAAGUUGGUUGGACGCGGGACGCAUUCAGCUUCCAAGGAGCUUUUAAGACAGGAUUCUCACACACAGCCGCGAUGAGUACUUCUCACAUUACGAAGGCCGCAAGCGAUGACGUUGCAGGCCAAAUUCCUUUGGCGAACAAGAGAUGCUUGAGUUGUGAAACCAAUGAUAUCAAAGGUUUGACCGAGGAGGCAGCCAAGAGCUUAUUGUCGCAGACCCCAGAAUGGGAAAUUCUGGACCUUGAUGGGAAGCUCCAAUUGCAGAGGAGCUGGAAAUCGAAGAACUUUUUAAAAGGUUUAGAAUUUUUCCAGCGCAUUGGAGAAGUUGCAGAGUUAGAAGGCCAUCAUCCAGAUUUACACCUUGUAGGCUGGAAUAAAGUGACCGUAAACAUUUACACUCACUCAAUAGGUUCUUACUCUCUUGCGAAAUUUUUUGGAUUUUUUUUAAGCUGUUUUAAGCAAAUUUCUUUCUAUGGUCUUCAGGCCAUUCCAGGCACUUAGUUGGAUAUCAGCUCGUACUCACUUAGACUGGAAAUCGUCAUUGGAGAAGGAGCUACAUAAAAUAUGUCUUUUUUGUUGCUGUAUCGAAUUAGUACUUGCAGGUGGGUUGAGUGAAAACGACUUUAUACUUGCUGCUAAAAUCAACGCUUUAGACUGCAAAGAACUUCUACGGAAGGGUGCACCAAAACAAUCUGCUGUCUCAACUUAAAAGAGUGUAGUGUGCACUUUAUGCUAGAUCACCAUGUUGUGGUGCUUUAUUUUCAAAGAGCAACAAACUUGGCGACUCGUAUAUAUGAGGAGGUCUAAAAGUAAACGAAGCAGUAGUAGUCUGUACAUAUGCGGGAUCUCCAGAGCUGAAAACAUUAUUAAACACUGCGGCGUUUUGUUUUCACCUUGUUAUCUUCAUUGAAUGUGUAUCUGUUCAUGAAAUGCUCCGUUGUAGGAACAUGGAUGCAGGAAUAAGAAGUUAAUAGAACAUUUAAAACUUGUGUCCAUAUCAUGAAAUGCUCCGUUGUAGGAACAUUUAUGCAGGAAUAAGAAGUU